UAUGGCCAUGCCCAGAAGAUGUGGGCAGCAAUGACAUAUGCAUUUGGGCAUCUGCAGGGUCUAGGCAAUCUGCCAUGGCAUGAAUCAGAGUUGCAUAGCAGCCAGAUGUUAGGUAACCCCUUAGUGUCAGUUGAGGUGUCUAGUUACAUGUGCAGCUUGUGGCACUGCAAGGUUCAGGCAGGCGAGGUUGCAAUCAGUGCUUGUGCUAUCACGUCCAUUAGUACUUUCCCUCUAAUGUAUCACUUUAACAAUCACCCUGAAAACUGGGCUAUCCUUGAUUACCAGCCUGGAAGAUGUAGUGAUGGCUCUAGUGAGUCAUCAUGGUGGGCUGGUGGAUGCAUCAAGCGUUGCUUGCAUGCUGCUUACACAAUAGCAUUUCUUUGUAUGUUACACUCUGAUGAAGUCCUGAAAAUACAGCUUCACAACCUUCAUUUCUUUUCUAAUGGUCUCAUUCUGAUGCUUCCAUUCAAGAAAACACACCAAAAUGGCAAUAUCAAACCUUUUUGGCUGUGGAUCAUGCCCACAGAAGAGCACCUAUGUGCCAUUCAAGCUAUUGCCAAGUGGAUUGUAGCCUCUAAAAUUCUGACUGGUUAUUUAUUCCAAAAGUUUGCUUCAGCCAACCAGCCUUUGACAUCUGAACGAUUUUUAGAGUUAUUUCACAACAAUCUCCUGGAUAUUGGGGUGGAUCCCUCAUCAUAUGGUACACAUUCAUUUUGGCAUGGGGGCUACCAGUAUCUGCACAUUGAAUGCCGGUGGCCGCUGCAUCACAUAUGUGAAUGGGGAGGCUGGAGCCUCAAGUUUACUAACUUAAUGAUUGUCAAAUAUCUCAUCUCACACAAUGAUGAUGCCACAGAGCUUUGUGAGCAUUUUUUCAACCCUUACCACAGCCCAUCUGUCAAGUGCCCACAUUGCAGAAGGUCAUGCCCAUGUGCUUGA